AGUUAUGGCCUAAUUAACAAGAAUAUAAAAAACAGAACAGCACCGUGGGGUAUUAUCCUGGAUGCCAACCUGUAAAACCAAACGUUAGACAUUUUUCGUUACAUAGCUACAUUGCGGUCAAAGCAACAUCUUGGCGGGAUGGAAAAGAAGUGGCAAGUGUAUGGACUAGGUCAUCACCCAACGCGAAUGUCAGCCGCUCUAACGGUGCAGUUUGUGCAGAAAUCGUCGUGUUAAUGUUGUUUUGUCUGUGGCUAAUCAAAAACCAGUGCACACCGAUAAACAAUUAGAUCUAGUAACAACACUACCAAGGCAGUCAUGUCUUUACGCAGACAUGCAAUUUGCCGUGUUGAUUUUUGCCUGUUUCGCUGCCAAUAAUGCACAGUUUGUUGACAAACAACAGGUUGAAUAUUUGGUCAAAAAAUGGGCCCCAUUGAUAUGGCUUUCCCCAGAAGAGAAAUAUAUGCCUUUAAACGCAGAAAAUUUUCUAAAGCACGUCUAUAUUGCGGAUGAAGUUGGAAAAUACCAAACAAAUUUUAAUUUGGAAAGUAAUCUAAAAAAUAGCUCAAAGUCUUUAUAUCUAGUCACCAAGAAAUCAAUAGAUAUUCUCAAGAAAACUAACCAAUCCUUUAUAUUUGGAAAAAAUCCCAAUACAAAUCAUGUAUCUGUCUAUGCAAUAGUUACUUAUUGUUCACCUUACAUAUCUUUUCACACAAGAGACAAGGAAAACUUUCAAAAUGAAGUCGACAUAAAUGCAAGAGCUGAACCAAAUUUAAAUUUCCAUGUCACUUAUUGGGUGUUUUAUCCAUACAAUGAGGGAAAGGAAAUAUGCUUUUUAGGAAAAGUUCCAACACCCUUGAUAUUCGACACGUGUUUCGGAAACUUGAAGCCCAUGGGCAAUCACGUGGGCGACUGGGAACACAUGAGCCUAUCUUUCAAAGGCAAAACCUCGCCCAGUGAAAUGUUCUUGGCCGUAAACGAUGCGGGCGUUUACUACAGAUACGACCCCAAACGGGGCGUGUUCAAAUACAAAUCGCAAGUGACGCGUAAAGGGGUGGUGCAGAGACCGAAAUUCCCCGUCUUGGUGCGCACCCAGGGGGGGCACCCAGUGCUAUUUUCCGCCCUGGGCUCCCACGGACUCUGGUCUUCCCCAGGAAUACACGAAUUCGUCAGGUUACCGAAAUUAUCCGAUAAAAACGGUUAUGGAGUUCCCUGGAAAACGUGGAACACCGUGCUUACGUACCACAUGGGUCUCUCGAGGAUUCCCGAUUGGAUGGUUUACAAGGGGAGGUGGGGGAACCCCAAGAGCAACUGUUUUUUGUUCAAGAAGUUGGGAAUUUGCGAACACUCAGAUGGCCCCUUAGGCAUAUUGAAAAGGGUUCAAGAUUUUUAUUGUUAAUUGUUAUGAUGACAUUGUGAUAUAUUUUUACUUAAAUAAACUUUCACUCUAG